ACUAGCUUGAAUCAACAUGACUUCGACGAGUUCCAGCGCUGCCUGCUCGCGCUCGCUUCAGUUCCAGCAGCCCAUAACAAUCGGACAGAAGUACUCGCAUGGAUCAGGAAGUAGUCGACACACUCACUACUAUCCGCCGCGCUCGCUGCGCCGACGAUCCUGCCUGCGCAAGGAGAGCGCUUUCACGUGUGGCGGUGCUUCACACGGCUCGCGCUUGGACGAGCUGUCCACGACCAAAAUGAUCACAGUGAGCUACUCGGCCGCACCCAAAAAGACGCUGUCGUUCGCCGAUCAGUGCGGCCAUCACCUCGUGCUGGAACGCGAAUACUACCCCGACGAUGCUCCUGUGUGCUACUCCGACGUGCCAGUUGAGGUCACCGUCGAACGUCAGAACCGCCGACGCAACAAUAGCUUUGACAUGUGGAUGGAAGAGACCAUGGCGCGCCAGCACCUGCUGUCCAUGUGCGUUGUCUCGCUGUUGGGCUGUGCGCUUCUCGGCCUUCGCCAAACCGCCAAGUAGGCAAUCAUUGACGCACUACCAGAUCACGUAUGUACCAGUAAUUAUUAUUCGUUCAUCGGUGCACUUUGCAUGAGCGACACCCUCUUAUUAUCGUAAUAAACACGUCAAACAAAUCAUC